UUUUGCUUGGGUGCGCUUUUUGUUCGAUUGCUUCACGAUUCCGUGCCGCUCGUAUGACUGGAUCGUUACGCAAGAGGCUGUGCUUGGAGAUUAGAUGGUUUGUGGAGUUGGGUUGUGUUGUAUUCGAGAGGUCGUCUUCUCAUGAGUGAUAGUUUCGAAUGCGUCAGAUUAUGCCUGGAUUGUUGCUUGGGUUCCGGCUGUGGAUGAGUGCCAUUACAGGUUUUGAAGUGCAGGUAAAGGUGGCGCUUAGGCUCGGGUUGUUCUUGUGGCCUGUUAGUCAGCUGUAGCGUCGAUUGGGGAUUCUGAGACUGGUUCGAAUUUAUGUUGUUUGGAACGUCGUUGUGUAUGUGCCGUCAUGGAUGCGAAUGCAGGUUCUGCUACCACUGCGUAGUUGUUUGUUUAGAAAGGGUAAUUGCGAAUGCGAUUUGGGAUUACUGGUGUUUUUGAGUUUCCAAACAUUCUGAGUGUCUCGCGCUUAUGAAUUGCGGUUGUCAGCAGUGUUGUACGCAUCUGCUUCUCUGUGGAGAGCGCAUGAAUUGUAGAUAGCUCGAGAGUUUGUUUGCUUUCUGGUCACAACCUGGACUCCUCUGUUUUCCUUCUGAAUGGGCUCUCGUGCUGAGGUUUGUGGAUUACACAUUCGUCUUUGUUGACCAUAAGUACACCCAUUUGAGUGUCUUGGAUUUGUUCCAAUUAUCGUCUUUUAUUGUGAUUAUGCGGUAUUGUUUGACUGAAGGCGCUUCCAAGCCACUACAAAUUUUAAGUGAAUUGAACUUCCAGCUUGUUCAUGUCAGGAUUUGGUCACAAUCAUGGUGGGUGCCCACGGCAAGGCGCAGACGGUCACUAUGAUGGACAAACGAAAAGCCAUGGAGACAGAGAUGGAUGCAAUUAUCGCUCGUCUCACUGGGCCAGGAGGACCUGGUCUGCAGGGUAACCUAGUUGACGCUCAAGUGUGCUCCUUAUCGUUAGUUGGCUCUAAACACUGUGGGUUCUAGGGGAUUUAAGCGCAUCACUAGUACUGUGAGAAAAAAAAAAAAAAAAAAAAAAAAAAAUCUCCCUAAUUGACGCAUUGGUCAAAUUUGUAAAAUCCUCAUGUUUUGGAGUAUAAUUCUGUAUGUAUUCAAUUAAUGCACUGUUGGUAAUGUGAAGUGUACAUACAUACAUACAUACAUACAUACAUAUUUUUGUAUUAGGGCUUUCCAUGGGCAGAUGUUAACUUACCUGCGGUAAGAUCCGAUCGGCAGCGGCUAUCAGCGCUUCGCAAUGAUCAUAAGGAGAUCUCGGACGCGAUCGAAAAAAAUCUGGUUAUCUUACAUUCUGGAGGCUUCACGAGAGGGUCAUCACAGUCAGAUAAGCUUCCAGAGGCUGAGGUGGUGCGGCCAUCAUCAGGAGCAUCACCCAUGGAAAUAGCACCAGGGACUGAAAGUACAACCGCAGAAUCGCCUUCCCCGAUGGAUGAGGAUUCAUACGAAUCCAGUCUUCCUUUUGCAGUUUUUGAUGAUGUUACCCAAGGCUCGCCAGCAGCGAUGGACGGCAUCUUGAUUGGAGACCAGCUAGUGAGAUUUGGAAGUGUGGACGGAGGGGAAAAUCUCCUAUCCCGGCUUGCACAGGAGGGUCUCACCAACGAGGGGCGAGGUCUGCCGGUAAUUGUGCUUAGGCUAGGUGGACGUGUAUAUUUGACAGUCACGCCCAAGAGGUGGUCAGGCCGUGGCCUACUUGGGUGUCACGUUCAGCCUCUAUGAUGUAUUUUUGAGAGACAAGUUUUUAGUGCUACUGAUUCUGUCUUUGAUGUAUGGAGAGGGAGUGCUAAGGUUGCAAUUAGAUCUACACAUGCGUACCCAAUCUGGGGCAACUUCUUGUUUUGAAAGGUUUAGUUUUGCUAAUGAGACUUUUUGAUGAGAAUAGGAAGCUUUUCUGAAUCAAACAAAUAUCUAACUCUAGAUGAUUCGAACACUA